AUGUCAUCUCCAAGCAAGAGAAGAGAAAUGGAUGUUAUGAAAUUGAUGAUGAGUGAUUAUACAGUGGAGACGAUAAAUGAUGGACUCAGUGAAUUCAAUGUUGAGUUUCACGGCCCAAAAGAAAGCCUUUAUGAAGGUGGAGUCUGGAAAAUUCGUGUUGAGCUUCCUGAUGCUUACCCAUAUAAAUCCCCUUCUAUUGGCUUUGUGAACAAGAUAUUCCACCCAAACGUUGAUGAGUUAUCUGGUUCUGUAUGCUUGGAUGUCAUUAACCAAUCUUGGAGCCCAAUGUUCGAUCUUCUAAAUGUCUUUGAAGUUUUUCUUCCCCAACUCCUGCUCUAUCCAAAUGCUUCAGAUCCUCUCAAUGGUGAUGCAGCAUCGUUAAUGAUGAAGGAUAAAAAGUUGUAUGACCAGAAAGUAAAAGAGUAUUGUGAGCGGUAUGCCAAGAAGGAAAACAUUAGCAACUCUACAGCUGGUGAGGAGAGUGGAGACGAGGAAGACAUCAGUGAAGAAGAAAGUGGAUCUAGUGACGAUGACAUUCCUGGUCACGCUGAUCCUUAA